CUUCACAGCCAUGGAUUUCUAUUAUCUCCCCUUAUCGGCACCCUGCCGUUCAGUGCUAAUGACAGCCAAAGCUUUGGGCAUUGAAUUGAACAAAAAAACACUUAACCUCUUCGAGGGUGAACAUUUGAAACCAGAAUUUUUGAAAAUCAAUCCCCAACACACCAUUCCCACGCUGGUCGAUAAUGGCUUUUCCCUUUGGGAAUCACGUGCCAUUAUGGUCUAUUUGGUUGAAAAAUAUGGCAAGCAGGAUGAUCCUUUGUACCCUAGUUGUCCCAAGAAACGUGCCGUUAUAAAUCAACGUCUAUACUUCGAUAUUGGUACACUGUAUCAACGUUUCGCCAACUAUUUCUAUCCACAAUUCAAAGAGAAGAAACCUGCCGAUCCUGAGCAAUUGAAGAAAUUGGAAGAGGCAUUCGAAUUCCUCAAUACAUUCCUGUCGGAAUCGAAAUAUGCUGCCGGCGAUAAUCUCACAUUGGCCGAUUUGGCUUUGUUAGCCUCGGUCAGUACUUUCGAAGCUGUGAAUGUUGAUUUCAGUAAAUAUGAACAUCUGACGAAAUGGUAUGCUUUGGUUAAGGAGACAGCACCGGGUGCUGAUGAAAAUUGGACUGGUGCCUUGGAGAUGAAGACACUGAUACCCAAAUAA